AUGGUGAUCAUAGACUCGGAAGAAUUCAAAUCUCCGCGUGGACCGAGAACGAUAAGUACCCCGACGCUCUCUUUACCGGCGUACACACCUGUAGACCCACACAACUCGCUCGGCCUACCUCUCCCGCCCCCACGAUCACCCGGCGCUCGACCGUCAUCGCCAUUCUCAGCCCCGGCGUCAAACUAUCUGACGAUAAAGCGAGAAAAAGCGGAUAUAACGGGCUCAUGGAACAUCAACACUGCUCUUCCUGCUCCCACUCUGCACCGAUCGUUUAGCCUCGGCAGCGACGACGGAGAUACCACCUCGGACGGCGGCACAGAAGUUUCCGACCCCUCAACCCAGGCAACAAGCGUCUCGUCAUCGUCAUCCCCCUCUACUCCAUCGGUGCCGCCCAACUUGAAGUUGCUGACCCCUCGUGGAAAGAUCGACGCAGUUAUCAGGGUCUGGGGCGGCCCUCGCGCAUGGAUCGAGACGGUUUCGCGAGAUGAGGAUGUGGCAGUGACUUUUCCACCUGCGUCAGGUGGGGCUCACCGAAGCCCAAUCAAACUUUUUGCGAGGUCCACGACUGGGAAUGUCCAGGUUCAUCUACCCAUGUCGUUUAUGGGCACAUUGCGAGUCCCAUCCGACGUCGUUCUUCCGCCCAGUUUACGGUCCCAGUCGGUCGUACUCUCGCCGUCGGAGCCUCCAAUUGCCAGGCCACCUAUUCCCGACGAAUCCCCCGUAAGGGCCAAGUUAGGUUUAACUUCGAGUUCAAAUUCAGCAGGCGUAACCUCUAGCUUGGGCUUAGCUUCUCCCGCCGGUCCACCAUUACCCCCACGCUCGGUCUCACCUGCUCCGCCGGCAGCCCCUGUUUCGCCGCCGGCUCCAGGUGCUCUCUCGGCUAGGCUAGAAAGUCUCGUUACGCCCGUGUCCAUGGACCCUGCGAACAUCCCCCUUCCAGCUUCGCCGCCUGCUAUUUCAUCCUCUGACCCUGUAGAGGAAUCCGCGCUUCAAGUCGAGACACCCGCUCAAGAAACUCUUCCUCCUGUCUCUCCCCCCGCGUCCACGCGGAGCAUGUCCGGGGGCUCAAUUACGCCCACGAGCCAGCCUAAGCAACUACAGCAUCAGCGUUCAGCAUCCACGCCCUCCAUUCUCUCCCACCCCAACCUCCCAGCCGCAACACACGAAUCGUCCGAAUCGAGUACGGUGUACUUUAUAGGCGACCUCCUUCGCUCGGGGUACGAUACCAAUGCACCGGAAAAAUGGACCGGGGACGAAUUCGUGAUCGAUAGCGAGUUUGGUCGAGUACGGGUAUGCUUGUACGGCGAAAAGGCGGAUGUCCCAUGGACGGAAGACGUCACUCGGUCCGUCAAGGACGUGAUGGACUGGAACAAGUGGAAAACUGCGGGCUCGGACGCCGGGCGUGGAUUGAUGGAGAUGAUACCCAUGCCCAAGAUUAGCGUUGGUGGAUUGGGAAGGCGGUUAAAGUUUGGCAAGUAA